GACUACAUGUAACAUGAUCACAUCAUACAAAAUUUAAUAUUUACACUUAAUUAUGUCUGCCCUUGUGUCAUCACCAACUUAAUCACUAGCAGUAGUCAGUCUCUAACCCACACCAACACACCAACUCCAUCAAGGGCUCCAGUCUCCUAGUGCGUCGUCGUCGUCAUCAUCAAGGUGGCGCCACCAAAACCUCUUCUCGAGAUGAGAGGCGAUCAUAAAGCUCGCGAUCGCACACCGGCGCAGGAGGCAAGAAAAGGGCAGAGCAUGUCAGCGUUGGCGGUGGGAGACGCGGGCGGCGGCGGCCCGCCGGGAGGAGGGCGGUUGGCCGAUCCGACCGUGGCGGUCGACGGCGACGUUGUCCUGUCCGGCGUCGUCCUCAUCUUCGUCGCCCUGGCGUUCGUCUUCGUCAUGCACCACUUCCUCACCGCGAUGCGACGCCGUGGCCCCGCGGCGGCGGCGAGCGGCGGCCGGCGGCGCGGUGGCCGUGGUGUGUCCGGCUCUGGCAAUGGCGUCGUCGGCGUGGAUGCCGAGAAGGCUGGCGGGCAGGGCGGCGUUGACCCCGCGCUGCUGCGGGCGCUGCCGGUGGCGGUGUACAGGGCGGAGGAGUUCGCGGCGCCGCCGCUGGAGUGCGCCGUGUGCAUCGCGGAGGUCGCGGACGGCGAGGCGGCCAGGUUCCUGCCCGGGUGCGGCCACGGCUUCCACGCCGAGUGCGUCGACCUGUGGCUUGGCUCCCACUCCACCUGCCCGCUCUGCCGCGUAGCCGUCGACGACGGCAGAAGCAGAAACGCAGCCUCCGCCACCCGCACCGCCACCGCUCCUCCCUUCGCUCUCCCUCCGGUACAGCCGGAGCCGGCCAACUACGCGGCGGCCACCUCCCUGCCGACGAACGUCCUGUUCUGGGGCACGCACGGCGCGGUGAGAACGACCACCGCACGGACCAUCCACGUGGACGGGCGUCACACCGGCCCAUGCCCAUCGUCCGGCGGAGAAGCCGCGACGGUGCUGGUCAUGGAGGUCCCGGCCACAACGACGACGACGACGACCGCCACCGCCACCACGGCGCUGCGCGAUGGUGGCGCCGCCGCGAAACCGCAGGGCAGCUCGGCGAGGCUGGUGGGGUCGCUAAGGAGGAUGUGGAGCUAGCGGAGGUGCUCCUCGUAUGUACCUCGCCGCCGACGUGUCGCCGACGUUGGGCGAGACACGCACGCAGAUCUAUGUGACAAAAUCGUGUCAAUUUAUAUAUCUUUGCUACGUUUCGUCCGUUUGUUCUUCCCCAAAAAAAAAAAACUUCCCACGCACAUUGCAAAAGAUUGAAAGAAAAAGAAAAAGGAAACAAAAUA